GGAUGUAAGUUUCAUGGUUUUACGUUAUGGCUUUCAAAAAGCCGCCACCAACUUCUGCGUCUCAUUCUUCUGCUCACCAUCCACAUCCUCUCGUCCGUGACUUCAUUCUCGUUGCUGAAUUUUCGGAACAAGAAGGACCCAAGCCGUUGCUAACGAUUCCUGGCGAUGCAGCAGGUGACUGUGACUUUGAUCAAAAUACAUUCGCCGUGCGAAUUAUGGCUGUUGACUAUCAAGCACAGAAUAGAGAAAAUCAUUUUAAGUUUGCCGUGGAUACACAAGUAGUUCAGUCGGAAGAAGACGAACGAGUGUCCGCUCAUGUUUAUGUUCAUCACUUUACACUGUAUGAUGUCUAUGCACGUGGGUAUGUGAGGCCGUUUUGUAUGUGCUACGUCACUGGAGAUCAACCGAAACUCAUGCUGAACUUUGAGGAUAUACGGAGACAAUUCUCAUAUGUUUCAGAAACGUUACAUGUCACAAAUUUGCGAGUGUUUGAAAGGGAUUUGAAGAAGAGAAUAGCUGAUUUUAAACACUCUGAAAAGUGUUUGCAAGACCAGAUGACUACAAUGAUGUUUGAUACAAACAGUGUUGAUGACGACAGUGAUGAAGUCACUAGGCUCACUAAGACAGGCGAAUAUCUGCACACCAAAGAAGUCACAGAAGUCAAUGGCAGCUGUAUUGAAACAGAAGAGAUGACAAAUGAAGCAAAUGAUGAUGAUGAAGAUGCAAUAUGGCACCAGGGGUUUAAUGUCAACCAGCACAGACAGACUGAUAUCGGUGAAAUACGAUUUCAACUGGAAUCAGUCAAAUCUAACCUUGAUGACAUGGAGAACAUAGAAAAGAGCCUCAUACAAGAACUAACAAAGGAGUCUGUAGCUUCAAAGUUGCAUAAACUUGAUAGCAAACAGGAUAGGAUAGGCCAAGUGCCACGUCAUGAUGUACAACAGCACAAUGAAAGUCAUGUCAAUCCCGUAGCCGAACCUCCAAUGCCCACAUCUCCAUUGUACUGUUAUUCGUUUCGUUGGUUGACACUCUCAUUCGUUGACUCCUUUGUUUCAUGUUUUUAG